UCACCUCUUCGCCACAGCCGACAAGGGUUUGCUGCCCGACGUUUAUGUUCAUCUUAUGCUAAGGGUGGCAUAAAUGACGGGUGUAAUCAUGGAAGAUAUAUAUUGGGACAAUUUUCUCGCAUCAGAUGAAGCUAUACGAGUUUAGAGGAGAGCCACUACGUGUGUCUCCCUCUCUCUCACACCGAGCCCCCUCCUCCUCCGCUGGCAAUUUAUAAAGAACAAAAAAUUCGACUAGGGAGGGGGUUGAUACGCCGAAGCUGAAAUCGAGAGGCGAACCCAGGAAAGGAGUAUAUUGUACACGCGACUUUCCCCCCCUUCGUCCCCCAAAAGGAGGGGGAAAAGUCAGAAUUGUGGAAUCGAAAAGGAAAAUAAGGUUCAAAAGACGUGAAAACGUCUUCCGUGGUGGAUACCGUAUAUCUUUUUAAUUCGAAAAAAUAUGGCCGAGAACGUUCUGGACUCUGGCCCGCCUUCAGCCAAGAGGCCUAAACUAUCCUCUCCGGCACUGUCUGUCUCCGCCAGCGAUGGAAACGAUUUCGGCUCGUUGUUUGACCUGGAGCAUGACCUCCCGGACGAGCUUAUCAACUCCUCAGAGUUGGGCCUGGUCAACGGUGGGGACCUCAGCCAACUGCACACCAGCCUGGGAGGUGGGAUGGGCCCAGGGGGAGGGGGUGGCCAGGACGCGGUGGCCAAGCACAAGCAGCUCUCCGAGCUCCUUCGAUCAGGCGCUCCACACGCCUCCACCCAGCAGGGCGCAGUGGGCAGCACAGGCGGGGCCAGCAUGGGCCACCUGGGAAACAUGAAGGUGUCCCCUGGGCCCCAGGGCAUGGGCCAGCAGCAACACCUCUCAUCUCAGCAGCAGGCCAGCAUGAUGCAGCAGCAGGUGGGGAUGGUGGGCAGCAUGAAUCGGGGAAUGAUGGGGGCCCAGAAGGGCAACGGACAGCAGCAGCAAUCCAUGAUGGGUGGGCAGGUGAUGAACGGAUCCCCCAGGAUGGGCUUCUUGAACCAGGGGAUUGGGGGGAACAGUAACCUGCUGGCUGAGACUCUGCAGCAGCAACAACAGCAGCAGGGGGCUGGUGGACAGGCUGGACUCAGAGUACAACAACCUGGAGCAAUGAACAAGAUGGGUAUGAUGGGUAACCCGGGCUCCUAUGGAGGCCCCUAUGGAGGGCAGCAGGCAGGCCUGGGGGGAGCAGGGCUGGGCCCUCCGCUCCAGAACAAAGGCUCCAUGCCCAACAGCCUGGCCCAGUUCAGCAUGGACAAGAAGAGCCAGCCCAUGCAGGGCAUGUCUGCCAUGGCCUCCCAGCAGUCCGCUGCAGGUGUGGGCGGUGGAGCCGGAGGCACUGCAGGGAUGGUCCCCAACGCCCAGGGAGGCCUAGGGCCCGCCGUGUCUGUAGCCGCAGCUGCCGGGGCGCCCCCUACGGCCGACCCUGAGAAGCGCAAGCUUAUCCAGCAGCAACUAGUGCUCCUGCUACAUGCACACAAGUGCCAGCGGCGGGAGCAAGCCAACGGGGAGGUGCGCCAGUGCAACCUGCCACACUGCCGCACCAUGAAGAACGUCCUCAACCACAUGACCCACUGCCAGGCCGGCAAGUCUUGCCAAGUGGCUCACUGUGCUUCAUCCAGACAGAUCAUCUCUCACUGGAAGAACUGUACACGGCACGACUGUCCGGUCUGCCUGCCACUCAAGAACGCUGGGGACAAGAGGAACCAGCAGUCUCUGCUAGGGGGUGCUGGUGUAGGCCUGGGUAGUUCCCUGGGCUCAGUGCCCGGAGGCCAGCCCAGCACCCCAAACCUCAACCCCCCCAGCCAGAUCGACCCCAGCUCCAUCGAGAGGGCCUACGCUGCCUUGGGCCUCACUUACCAGGGCCUGCAGAGCCAGCCCAACCAGGCUUCUCUGCCCUCACAGGGCCUGCAGAGCCAACCGGGCAUGAGGCCGCUCAAUCCCAUGGGGGGUAACCCGAUGGGAGUGAAUGGAGGUGUGGGUGUUUCACCCCAGAACCAGCAGGCCAGCCUGCUACAGGACACCAUGCUACACCUCAACAUGAACUCCCAGGGUCUGAUGAGUGAUGCGGGCGGGGCGGGUAACAUGGGAUGCAUGCCCACGGCGACCCCACCCUCUGCAGCGGGCAUGAGGAAGAGCUGGCACGAGGACAUCACCCAGGACCUGAGGAACCACUUGGUGCACAAACUGGUACAAGCCAUCUUCCCGACCCCAGACCCUGCUGCUCUGAAGGACAGGCGGAUGGAGAACCUAGUGGCGUAUGCUAGGAAGGUGGAGGGGGACAUGUACGAGUCUGCCAACAGCAGGGCGGAAUACUACCACCUGUUGGCUGAGAAGAUCUAUAAGAUCCAGAAGGAGUUGGAGGAGAAGAGGCGGACGCGGCUCCAGAAGCAGGAUGGUCCCCUCCCUGACCACUCUCUGGUGCGGCCCGGUGGACCCAACCAGAUGGUUAAUAGGAUGCAGAACCCUGCAGGUAUGAACCAGUUCAACCAGAUGGGGAUGCAGUCUAUGGGUCAGAGGUUGACUCCUCCUCUACCCCUCACACCCAUCAACCAGAUGGGCAUGGGGAACCCCAGGAUGAGCCAGCCCAAUGUGGGCCAGAACCAAUACCUGCCCCAGGGACAGUUCCCAGGCUCCGGUCCAGGCCUCGGCACUGGUCAGCCUGGCAUGGCACAGCCUGGCAUGAACCAGCAAGGCAACCAGGGAGGCAUGGUACAGGUGAGAGAGACUCAGAUACCCAUUCCUUCCCCUCUCCCCGUCAACAGCCCUCUAGCCGGGCCCGGCUCGGUCGGCGGGGGUAGUGGCGUCCCCUCGGUGGGGCCCAUGGGUCCCCAGAGUGUGGGUGGAGGCCCCUUGUCCAACCUGCCCCUGUCCAACAACCCCCAGCAGCCCAACUCCAUCCCCCACCUCGCGGCCAUGCGCCAGAGCUCGCCCUCCCCCGCCCGCAGUCUUACCCCCACACCCCACCAAACGCCACCCAGGCUAGCGGGCUCACAGACCCCCCAGCCCCACACCCCCAACCCGUCUCAGCUGGCCCCCCCAGGCCCUCAGCAGCAGCUAGGGCCCGGCAGCCAGGGGCCAGGCUCUAACAAGCCCAUGCAGCAGGGGAUGGGGGCGGGGUCCACCACCCCAUCACACCCUGGUCACCCCUCCACAACCCCCAACCCACAUGGAGGCCAGCUCCCUCGCACGCCUCGCACUCCGAUGUCCCAGAAGGGGGGCUUCCAGCCCCAGGACGGUCAGGCUCUAACCCCAGCGUCAGUCAGCAGUGUGGACACAGCCUCCCAGCAGGCCUCUCAUUCGGAUGCCUCGGCCUCCGUGGACCCCAAGACGGAGGUCAAGCAGCAGCAGGAUGAGGAGGACGAGGGGGAGGAAGGCUGCUCCAAGGGAGGGAAGUUAUCCAACGUCAAGAUGGAGAACAAACCCAUCAAAAUGGAGGGGGUGAAGAAAGAGGAGUGUGGGGGCAAAGGUGUUCCCAUGGAAACGUCAUCAUUGGUGGGGGUAAAGAGUGAAGACAGAGUGAAGACUGAAGACCGGAAGCCGGAGGUGAAGAAGGAGCCAAAAGAGGAAGAGAAGGGAUCCGAGUCCCCUGGUACACCGUCUGGUGCCCAGAACAAGAGGAAGAUCUUUAAGCCAGAGGAGCUGCGCCAGGCCCUCAUACCCACCCUGGAAUCUCUAUACAGACAGGACCCAGAGUCUCUGCCCUUCAGACAGCCUGUCGACCCUCACCUACUGGGCAUACCUGACUACUUUGACAUAGUGAAGACCCCCAUGGACCUGUCCACUAUAAAGCGGAAGCUUGACACGGGUCAGUACCAGGAACCCUGGCAGUAUGUGGACGACAUCUGGGUCAUGUUAAACAAUGCCUGGCUAUACAACCGCAAGACGUCCCGCGUCUACAAGUACUGCUCCAAGCUGGCUGAGGUGUUCGAGGCUGAGAUAGACCCCGUCAUGGUCAACCUGGGCUACUGCUGUGGCCGGAAGUUGGAGUUUUCUCCCCAGACGUUGUGCUGCUAUGGGAAGCAGCUGUGCACUAUACCCCGGGACGCUGCCUACUUCAGCUACCAGAACAGUUCACCAAAAUUUGGGCUUCUUGCUGACAGGUACCACUUCUGUGAGAAGUGCUUCAACGAAAUCCAGGGGGACAACGUGUCCCUAGGAGACGACCCCUCCCAGCCUCCGACUUCCAUCGGUAAAGAUCAGUUUGAGAAGAAGAAGAAUGACACAUUGGACCCUGAAUUGCUUGUGGAAUGUAUGGACUGUGGACGUAAGAUGCACCAGAUCUGUGUCCUGCACAACGACACGAUCUGGCCGUUAGGUUUUAAUUGUGAUGGCUGCUUAAAGAAGUUGAAUAAGACACGUAGAGAGAACAAGUAUGCCGCCAAAAGGUUGCCCCACACUAAGCUGGGCUGUUAUUUGGAGACGAGGGUGAAUGACUUCCUGAAACGUCAGAGCCACCCUGAGUCGGGUGACGUCACCAUCCGAGUCGUCCACGUCUCUGACAAGGUGGUGGAGGUCAAACCAGGCAUGAAGUCCAGGUUUGUGGACACUGGGGAGAUGUGUGAGUCGUUCCCAUAUAGAACGAAAGCCCUGUUUGCCUUUGAGGACAUCGAUGGCGCUGACGUCUGCUUUUUCGGCAUGCAUGUACAGGAGUAUGGCUCGGACUGCCCUCCUCCCAAUCAGAGACGAGUGUACAUCUCGUACCUGGACAGUGUUCACUUCUUCCAGCCUCGUUCUCUGAGGACGGGCGUCUACCAUGAGAUUCUCAUUGGCUACCUGGAGUAUGUCAAGAAGCUGGGGUACACGACGGGUCACAUCUGGGCGUGCCCACCUAGUGAAGGGGACGACUACAUUUUCCACUGUCACCCUAUGGACCAGAAGAUCCCCAAGCCCAAGAGGCUACAGGAGUGGUAUAGGAAGAUGUUGGACAAGGCUGUGGCGGAGCGCAUAGUGCAUGACUUCAAGGACAUCUUCAAGCAGGCCACGGAGGACCGUCUGACCAGUGCCAAGGAGCUGCCGUACUUUGAGGGGGACUUCUGGCCCAACGUGCUAGAGGAAAGCAUCAAGGAGCUGGAGCAGGAGGAGGAGGAGAGGAAGAGAGAGGAAAACAGUACUUCCAACGAGAGCGUAGAUGCCACGAAGGGCGACAGCAAGAACGCCAAGAAGAAGAACAGCAAGAAGACUUCUAAGAAUAAGAGCAGUAUGAGCCGAGCCAAUAAGAAGAAGCCAGGCUUGCCCAACGUGUCCAAUGACCUCUCUCAGAAACUCUACGCCAGCAUGGAGAAGCACAAAGAGGUAUUCUUUGUGAUCCGUCUGAUCGCAGCACCCAUGUCCAACACGCUGGGCCCCAUUACGGACCCCGACGGCCUCAUGGCCUGCGACCUGAUGGAUGGGCGCGACGCCUUCCUCACCCUGGCCCGGGACAAACACUUGGAGUUCAGCUCGCUGCGCAGGUCCAAGUGGAGCUCCAUGUGCAUGCUGGUGGAGCUCCACAACCAGAGCCAGGACCGCUUCGUCUACACCUGCAAUGAGUGCAAGGGCCAUGUGGAGACACGCUACCACUGCACCGUCUGCGAGGACUAUGACCUGUGCAUCACCUGCUACAAUACUAAGGGCCACAUCCACAAGAUGGAGAAGCUGGGUCUGGGCCUGGACGACGAGAGCAACAACGCAGCCUCCUCGUCCAUUGCCAACCCCGGGGACUCGCGGCGCCUCAGCAUCCAGCGCUGCAUCCAGUCUCUGGUCCACGCCUGCCAGUGUCGCAAUGCCAACUGCAGCCUGCCGUCCUGCCAGAAGAUGAAGCGCGUGGUGCAGCACACCAAAGGUUGCAAGCGCAAGACCAACGGCGGCUGCCCCAUCUGCAAGCAGCUCAUCGCUCUCUGCUGCUACCAUGCCAAGCACUGCCAGGAGAACAAGUGUCCCGUACCGUUCUGUCUGAACAUCAAGCACAAGCUGAGGCAGCAGCAGCUCCAGCAUCGGCUACAGCAGGCCCAGAUGCUGCGGAGGAGGAUGGCCAGCAUGCAGAGGGUGGGUCAGCCACCUCCGGGACCGGGGGGAAACGGUGGACUACCAUCUCCGGGAAACAACGGCACCACAGGGCCCAGCACCCCCAUGUCUGUGGGCACGCAGCCCCCCACGCCUCAGACCCCCACCCAGGGGAACAUGCCCCAGCAGGGGAUGGGCCAGGGCCCCCCAGGGCAGCAGCAGGGCAGCAUGCCCCAGCAGCACCACAUGCAGCACCAGUUCCAGCAGCAGAUGCAGCUGCAGCAGCAGGGGGGAGGGGGAAUGAUUAACUCUCCUCAGCAGCAACAGAUGGUCCAACAACAGCUCCAACAGCAGCAACAGGGCCAGUCUCCAAAUGUCCAGCAGAUGCAGCACCCAGGAGGUCUGCCCCCCUACACCCCCAGACCUCCAGGAGCCUCGCCCCUCCACCAGUCACUGGGUAAACCUGGUCUGGGCCCAGCUACCCCUCCACAGCAGCAGACCAACCCUAGCCAGGGUUCCAUGCCCCAGGGGCAGCAGGGGCCUCCUCCAGCAGCGGUGGAGAUAGCGUUGAAGAUCCAGCGUGUGGCAGAGACCCAGCGUCAGAUGGCCCAGGCCCAGAUCCUCCAGAGGCAGCAGGCGGCCCAGGGUGGAGGCAUGAUCCCCCCUCACCACCAGAACCCCCAGGCCCAGAUGCAGAGCAUGGCCCACCCAGGAGCAGGCAUGGUAGGGCCCCAGGGCCAGGGUCUGGCAGGGAGGACCCUGAUGGAGCAGCAGGGGAUGGUGGUGGGGCCAGGAGGCAUGCAGCAGCAGUCCCAGAUCCCCCCUCAGGUUCAGCUCCAGCAGCAGGCCCGACUUCAGAACCCCAACCAACAGCAGUGGGGAGGCCCUGGUGGGAUGACUCCCCAGCAGAGGCAAGGCAUGAUGGGACAGAUGGGUCACCUGACACUGCAGCAACAGCAGCAGCUUGCCCAGCAACAGCAGCAGCGGCAGCUCGCCCAGCAACAACAACAACAACAACAACAACAGCAGCAGCAGCAACAACAGCAAGGUCAGCCCCAGCAACAACAGCAGGCAGGGCAAGGGGGGUUAAUGGGGUUGAUGGGAGUUCAAGGUGGCGUGGCUGGGGCGGCGGCGGCAAUGGUGGGGACAGGGAACCUCCCCCAGGCAGCUCUACAGGACCUCCUGCGUACUCUCCGCUCUCCCAGCUCCCCCGGCCAGCAGCAACAGGUCCUCAACAUCCUCCGCUCCAACCCCCUCCUCAUGGCUGCCUUCAUCAAGCAGCGAGCCGCCCGAUACCAGGGAGGUCCAGGGGUGCCUGGGGCACCGGGAGGAGGCCCAGGAGGGGGGCCUGGAGGUGUGCGGUUCCAGGGGGCCCCUGGUGGGGUAGGAGUUGGGCCUGGUGGUAACCAGGUUGUUAUGGAGGGUCAGCAGGUCAACGUAAAUCCUGGAGCGGCCCAGGCAGCUAUGAACAUGGGCCAGGGAGGAGGAAAUAUACCCACUAUGGCUCAGCUACAGCAGUUGCAGCAGCAGCAACUGCAGCAGCAACUGCAACAACAGCAGCAGCAACAACAACAACAACAGCAGCAGCAGCAGCAACAACAGCAGCAGCAGCAGCAGCAACAGCUGCAGCGCCCCCUCUUGCCUGGGAGUUUGCAGCAACAGCAGCAAAUGGCAGCGCAACAACCGCAGCAACAACAAGGCGGGAUGCCAGGCCAAGGCACCCAAAUGUCCAACAUGACUCCCCAGUUCAGAGAGAUUCUGAUGCGAAGGCACCUGCAGCAGCAGCAACAACAACAACAGAUGAGUAACAAUGGUCAGUUCCAGCAGCCCCCCCAACAGCAGGGUCAGGGCCAGCAGAGCUUCAUGCAGCAAGGCCAGCCUGGUCAACCUGGCCAGACCCAGUCUGUGGGAGGAGGGCCGCAGCAGGGGGGGGGGCAGGGGCCCCAACCGGGUCCCGGGCAGAGCCAGCAAGGGCAGGGCUACCCUGGAACCAUGUCCCAGCAGGUAGCCACAGCCCUGCAACAGAGGCUGCAGCACCAGAUGCAGAUGCAGCAGAUGCAGCAACAGGAUGGUGGGGGUGCGGGGCCUGGGCAGCUCCAACAGGGGCAGCAGGGUCCCCAACAAGGCCAAGGUGGUCCCCCCCAGCCCCAGUCCUCCCAUGCCAUUCUCCAGCAGGCCCUCCACCAGAGACUCCUCCAGCAGCAGCACCUAGGAGGGGGCUCGCCUGCCCAGCACGGCAGUCCUAUGAGCCCCCAGCAGCAGAUGGCCCAGUCCCCACACCCCCACCUCCAGGGCCAGGCUCUGGGCAGUCAAUCUCUCAGUAACCAGGUGCGUUCUCCUCAGCCUUCCCCUCGGCCACAGUCCCAGCCACCCCACUCCAGCCCCUCGCCACGCAUGCAGCCCCAGCCCUCCCCUCACCGCAUCUCCCCCCAGACCCAGACAGGCUCCCCACACCCAGGUCACCUCUCCCAGCACCACCCUGGCAUGGUUGCCUCCCAAAACCCACAACAACAAUUGUCACAGCAACAACAACAGACUAACUCUGGGGACCCGGGUACAUUUGGUUCGGACCCAAGUGCUAUGAUGUCCCAGAUAAGUGGGAUGGGGGGUUUGCAUGGCCCAGGGCAAUCGGACAUGUUGGGUAAUAACAACCAGGACCUGGGGACGAACAUUAACCACAACAGUUUAGACAUUAUGUAACCUACUACCACGUCUGUCUCAGUGGUCUGAAGAACUGCCUUCAUGGGUCUUGCUGGGAUUGAAUGGAAGGGGGAUGGCAGUUUUAAAAGGUAUUUUUAUUUAAUAUUUUUCUGAUGUAUAAAUGAAAAGAACUUAACUUCCUAUGGGAGAUGCAACAUUUUAAAUCUACAAGUCAAUAAAUGAAUAAAUUAAACGAA